AUGGAGAGGUUUCUCGUCGGUGCUGGUGGUUCUACGGGGCCAAAGAAAGUUAGUUCAAACAGUAAGACAUUUACUCCCUGGGUUGAAAAAUACCGACCUAAGACUGUAAAUGACGUUGCUCAGCAAGAUGAAGCUGUUUCUGCUCUACAAAAAUGUUUGAAGGGCUCUGACUUACCUAAUCUCUUAUUUUAUGGGCCACCUGGCACUGGCAAGACUUCUUUGAUUCUUGCUCUUGCACGUCAGCUUUUUGGACCGUUGUACUCAGACAGGGUACUUGAACUGAAUGCUAGUGACGAGCGCGGUAUCGGUGUCAUCCGCGAGAAAGUUAAAAGCUUUUCUAAAUUGGCUGUCGGAAGCAAUAUUGAGGGUGGUAGUGGUUCAAUCUCUCCACCACCAUACAAGUUGGUUGUUCUCGAUGAAGCUGACUCCAUGACUGCUCCUGCUCAGGCUGCUCUCCGACGUCUUAUGGAAACCGAUGUGAAGAGCACACGCUUUUGUUUGACCUGCAAUUACGUGACUCGAAUCAUCAGUCCUAUCGCUAGUCGUUGCGCCAAAUUCAGGUUUAAGCCCCUUACUAGCGACGUUGCAAGGUCCAGACUUCGAUAUAUCGCUGACGCUGAGAACGUAGACAUCUCAGAUAGUACGUUAGACCACCUUUUGGUGUUGUGCGAUGGUGACCUUCGACAAGGCAUCAAUCUUCUACAAUCAGCCUCCUGUUUUGCAACACCUUGCGGUCAGAAAGAAUCAAAUAAGUCUGUUAGCGUCACUUGCGAUGAUCUGGAUCAGGUGGCCACUGUGGUUCCCGACCAUUUUGAAAAAGCUUUUAUUUCUGCAGCAAAAAAACACGAUUUCGAUGCGAUGCAGUCUACAGUUCUUGACUUGACGAGAGAAAGUCUCUCAGUACCUCAGUUUUUGACUCAGCUUCAAGCAAGAAUCUUGGAGUCGACGGAUUUUCCCGAUCGUUCAAAGCAGAAAAUAUUGCAAGUUAUAGCGGAAAUUGAUUUAAGAAUAGUUCAAGAUGCAGAGGAAUACAUACAACUUCUCCAUUUAGGCUGCCAAAUGAUCAGAAGUCUGGCUUGA